CCCCUGGCUGGAGGGUUAAGAGGAAUCGGGAGACGUCGCUCCUGUGGCAGGACUGUGCCCUCACGGUGAUUACCAGCGGUUACAGGUGGCCAUGUUGAGUUGAGUCAACAACACAGAGCCUUGAGGGCAGGUGUGUUACCUGUGGCUCCUUCAGGAAGCUGCUCCGCCGCCUCAGCGACACGGAAACAAGGAAUCACAGGAAGGAGAACAUGGAAUAGUUUCUCUCUCUUUCGCUCUCUCGUCACUGCCUCAUUGAGCAGUGAGCUUCGUUUGUGUGUGUGUGCCUGUGUGUGUCUGUGAGUGAGGGAGCUUGGAGGCUGCUCUCAGACCAGCGCUUGGUUGUGCAGACGGACCGACGGACGGACGGGAGUGCUUCCUGCUAAUAAAGAGGUGCGUCUUAUUUCCAUUCGGAGUGGGACUGAGUGACUGCGCACGGCUUUCAGCGCCGGGGAGCUGGGGGCGCAUUGACGCAUUGUGGAGUCGACAGGCGAGGGGGGGGUGCUGGUAGCACUGCAACCCCGGCUUCGCCACACACGCACCCGCACACGCACGCACACGGAGGCAUCUAUCUGGCGGAACCGCGAUGGCCGUGGUGCAGCUCGACAGGGAGGACCACCAGCCGGAGAACGGCUUCGUGUCCCCCGACACCACGUCGCCGGGGCUGCUGACACGCAUCGACGGCUCCGUGCUGCCGUUUCUCGGGGGAUUUGGGAAAUACCAGAAACAGCUGAUCGUGCUGACAUGGAUCCCGGCGCUGUUCAUUGGAUUCAGCCAGUUCUCGGACAAUUUCCUCCUGGCACAGCCGAACAACACAUGCGUUCAGCCGCGGGUGAACCUGACCCACAGUAACCUGAGUGCGCCGGGUCACUCCUCGCUGCUGGACGGUCCCAAAAACGGCAGCGGCGCGCGGCCGGCUCACAUGUACGCCAAUGGAAGUUACGGCAUCCACAAUGACACCAGCAUGCAGUGUUGGUGCGAGGAGUGGACGUUCGAGCUGCACACGGGACUCGUGCACAACGUGGUGACCAAGUGGAGUCUGGUGUGUAAGUCAGCAUGGAAAGUCCAUAUUGCAAAGUUCUCUCUGUUGGUGGGAUCCAUCUUUGGAUACCUGGUGUUUGGAGUCCUGGCUGACUGGUUUGGCCGUCACCCAGUGCUGAUCAUAUCGGUGAUGUUCAUGCUGGUGUUUGGUCUGACGGUGGCAUUCUCCGUCAACGUUCCCAUGUUCAGCACCUUGCGGUUCUUCGAGGGCUUCUGUCUGGCAGGAAUCACCCUCUCUCUCUACGUCCUCAGGAUCGAGCUGUGCCUGCCAGGGUGGCGUUUCUCCAUGACCAUGGUUGCCAGUUUUGUGGUGCUGGGUGGUCAGCUGCUGAUGCCCGGGAUGGCGUACCUCUGCCGCGACUGGCAGGUACUUCAAGCCAUUAUCAUCUGCCCCCUGCUGCUGAUGCUGUCCUACAUCUGGAUCUUCCCUGAGUCACUGCGUUGGUUGCUGGCCACGCAGCAGUACGGCCGCUCCAAGUGGAUCAUGGGACACAUAGCCAAGAAAAACCGUGUGAACAUGGAGCUUGACGCAGACAACAUCCUCACAGAACUGCAGAGAGCUCUUCAAAAGAAACCCAAAAAGACGUGCAUCGUGAAGAUGGUCGGAACAAGGAACCUGUGGAAGAACAUCGUCGUGCUCUGCGUCAACUCGCUCACAGGCUACGGGAUCCACCACUGCUUCGCUCGCAGCAUGAUGGACCCUGAGGCCAUGGAGACCACCAUGUUCCAUAACUUCUAUGCAGACUAUUACACCAUGGCGGGCAUCGCGGUGGCGUCCUGCAUGGCGCUGUGCCCGGCCGUGGGUCUGAUGGGCCGGCGGGGGGGCCUCCUCAUGUUCAUGAUCAUCACUGCCCUGGCCUCCCUGCUGCAGCUGGGCCUGCUCAACUUGCUGGGGAAGUACAGCGGUCACCUGAACAUCGACAGCUCAGGUUCGCUGAAUAAGAACUUCUCCAUCGCCUUCUCCAUCAUCGGCAUGUUCUCCUCCCACGCAGUCAGCAACCUGAGCAUCUUCUUCUGUGCCGAGAUCACCCCCACUGUGAUCAGGGGCGGUGGUGUGGGCCUGGUCCUCGCCAGCGCUGGCUUCGGCAUGCUGACUGCACCCAUCAUGGAGCUCCACAACCAGAAGGGCUAUUUCCUCCACCACAUCAUCUUCGCCUGCUGCACCCUCAUCUGCAUCAUCUGCAUUCUCCUGCUGCCAGAGACCCGCUACCAGCCCCUCCCCGAGACCCUGGCCGACGGCGAGUGCUACACUCGACAGCCUCUCCUCCCCCCGAGGAAGCCUGGAGAGCAGCGCCUCCUGCUGGCACAGUCCGAGAGCAGCAGGGACUACACCAGGGUGCACGACACGCCGCUCCACGAGGCAGCUGCCACCGCCGUGUCCACCAUGGACUCCACCGCGUCCUCGGCUGUCGAUCUGACGGCUCAGUCGGUCGGAGACACGUCGGCCCCCGCGUUCAUGGAGGUGCACCCGGUCAAGCCGGAGGUUAAAGACCCCAACGGCCACUCCAGGUCCUCUUUAUCCACCACCCCCCUCACGGCGCUGGGGAAAGGCGACGUCAUACUGGCCAGCAAAGAGCACCUGCUGUCUUCCACUCCUCUACACAAAGCCCCGUGCGCCACAGACCCGCUUCUAGUCGACGCUGAAGAACCUCCAGCGAUCGAUCCUGCUGUCGAGGUCACGUCGGAUUCUGUCCUCCUCGAGAUGGGCGACACUGGUCCCUCUCCGACCAAAGAGCCGGCCGCUCCCCCGACCCCUCCAUCCAACUCGACCCCUCCUCCCGACCCUCACACUGCGCCCGCCUCCUUAAUGGUCUGCACCACGCCCGUCAUCGAGCCCCCGCCCAGCUCCAUGCUGGAAUCCCCAAACCCCCCGAUUAUUGACAAUGACAUCGCUGCUCGUCCCGGUGACUCCCCGACUCCAGCUAUGCCUGACAGCCUCCCUCGCUCCCCGGCUCCCUCCCCGGCUCCCUCCCCAGCUCCCUCCCCAGCUCCCUCCCCUGUUCCUGUGACAGACUGCACCGUUUCCCCCGACCCUCCGCCCUCCGUUAUCACGCACUCUGACACUCCUCCUCCUCCGACUGGAGAAUCCCCCUCACCUCCCCCCGUUAUGGACUCCCAACCACCACCGUCAGACUCUCCCUCUCCCUGUAUUAAGGAUUUAUCUCCUCGGCCCCCGACUCCCCCUAUAAUCAACCUUUCCCCUCCACCCUCUCCACCUCCACCCACUGACUCAGACAAUUUGCCCUCAGAGGGAACGUCCACUCCCCCCGUCAUAGAUGCUGUCAAGACCGCCGAACCGUCUGCCGCCAUCCUCCCCGUCACAGACAUUGUGCCCGCUUCCACUCCGGACUCCCCCGCUGUGACUGUCACCGACAUUGUGCCAGAUUCACCUGCUCCCCUGCGCUUAGACUCGCUGACGACUUCCAUCACAGAUUCAGGCUGCACAGAAGCGGCCCCUCCCUCCCUGCUGGACUGCACCGUCUCCUCCCCCAUAGACUCUGGUGUCGCCUGCACAGAAAACUACGGUGUCAACGAUGUGGCGUCGUCCUGAUCCAGCGUCGCGGCCGGGAAAACAAAGCUUUAUGGUUGCGUCGGGAGGCAGCCCCCCCCCCCCCCCCCCCCCCCAACCACCCCCCCACCCCAUCACCACCCUGACGUCACGCGAUUAUCGGAGGGGAAGGGAGAGCGGCAAGAAGUGUCCUGCUCCACACUUCAGGUGUUUAACGAAGACUUUCUCCGCCUGGAGUUGAGCAGACAUGUCUUACUCAGUUGUUGUAUGUUUCUCGAUGACCCAACCCCCCCCCCCCCCCCCCGACCCGUCACCCCCUUGCCCACCUUCCAGCAAUCAGCCAAUAAACGAGACCACCAAGUGAGAGAGUGCCAGAGGCUGGUUUGUGACAAUGUGACAGUACCUUCUGCUCUUUGUUUCGUUUUGAAUGUCACUGGAAAUCACCAGCCUAUUAACGACUUUGAUGUAAAAUGAAUGGGAAAUUACAGUCUGUCGCUUUAAAGAGACUUAACACCUUCAAUCACUGCGCUGGGUCGUCAGGACAGUUGAGAGAUGCAACGAUGCUAACAAAAUAAAAAAAUAUAUAUUAAAAAAAAGGAAAACUUAAAAAAAAAAAAAUCUAAUCACUGGUACUUUUGCUCAAAUAAAUUGUUUGUCUAACUUAUUUUUUAAGGAUAAAAAUAUCGCCUUACCUGUGUGGACAAGAAAAUCUGAAUGUUGCAGAACUUUUUUGCUGUUCUAGAGAAAAACGAUCCGAAUUGGAGUGAUUUGUUAUUUCUAAAUAGAAUGCCAAAAUGACCAAAAUUAAAUGUAGAGAUAGUGCCAAAACAUUAGUAUUGCCGCCGUAUUUUGAGAAAUACAGGUGAGCGGUCCCCUGCCAUCGACCGUACGAAUCAGAUGAACCCAAAUGUCCGAAAAUACGAUUCAUUCUGAUAUUAGUUUAAAAAAAACAGAUCAUGUGAGGAAUUAGAACCGAGAGAUAUGAUUGAAGCUAAAAUGCAUUCUUCAACACGUGGUUCACAUUGUAUGAAAAGUGACGUUAGCUUAGGGGGGGUGGGGGGGGGGGGGGGGCAAAUGACCCAUGUUUUGUCGGUCUGAAGAAAACUUAUUUUUCCAAUUGUUUCAGUCAAUGAAAUUUAUGGUAUGCAAAUGGUUUUAUUUGUAAAUGUGACAAUUGUAAGUAAAUGCAUAAUUAGUCGCUGAGAUUGAUUUGAGUUUUUUUGUUUAGUUUUUUUUACGAUUUCAAGUAUUAUUUUUGAACUAUCUCCCAUGGCGUGCUCUUAUCGUACAAGGCUGUACUUCUUCUCUCUAACAGUAUUCGUGGCACCUCGGUGUGGUGGCACCUCAGUAUCUGCAGUGGGGACGAAGCAUGAAAAAUUCUCGUGAGCAAAAAACCUAAAGCAAACCGUAAAAGACAAAAACACACGUUCACAAACAGCUCAGUUUGAAACGUAACCCCCGGAUGACAAAGAUGACCCAUGUGUUUUGGUGACUUGUCGCUUGCCUCACUAACCUUCAGCGUGUUCUCCUGCUCAUGUUCUGGCAUUAACGUGUGUCCCUGUGUUCAUACAUUCACAUGCAAGUUUACCUUAGCGAUGCAAUAUUUCAUACUUUUUAGGGGAAAACAGGUCAAAUCCUUAUUUACAGAUAAAAGUUCUCAUGAUUUUUAAAUCAAAAGGCUCCAUGUCCGUAUGUGGACGGCUUUAUAUUUUCACUUUACUACACUACGUGUGUAACAUGGUGCGUUUCCACACUUCACACACUGCAGGUUGUAAUGAGAAAGAUGUGCGAUCACGCAUAGACCACUGUUUACAACAAUCCUCAUCAUAAUAAUAAUGAUAAUAAUAAUACACUGUACUGUAAAACCUUAGAACCAACUCAAUGAUGUCGUGUCAUUUCAAAUGUGAUCAACCUCUCACAGUGAAUCAUUUAUCCGGAGAGUAUUGGUGAUUUAUUGGGGAGCCAGUCAGGAGUCAAUGAUGACACUUUACAGAAGAUCUGUUAUUGUCAGCUCGUUGCACACGUAUAAAAACAAAAAAGGAACAUACAGGAUCUUGACUGAAGUCAGAUGUUCCCUUACAAAGGCUACGUAUAUGUGUGGUAUGUGACUGACUGGGCAAACCGGUCUGUGGUUGUUCUUCAAAAACAUGCUGCUACGCCUCAAAGCACAAACACCCUGCAAUCAUGUGAUGUCCUAUUAGGUGGCGCUCUGCAUCUUAAAAAGGGAAAAAUGGAGCUGGAUUUCGAAUCAGUUGUAUAAAUAUGAAUAUAAUUGCGGCACAACCACUUGUAAUCUACUUUGUGGGGUUGAACCUGGGCUUAAUAAGAAACUCUUUCAGCAGAGAGCCGGUCAGGACAUUACUUCCAAGUUCUCGUUGUCUGUGAGUGUCGUCCUCUCUGUGUCGUUGUGCGUAUUGCAGAUAAUGAACUGUGUAUCUCCCGAACACCCUCAUGCACCACAAAGUGUAAAGACACGACACAGCACAACACAAUGAUCGGUCCUCUCCGAGGUCUGUUGCUUCCACGUUCACACGGCUCCCCUGCACCUCUUCCACAGUGUUGAUGGGAGUUGUUCCCUCGGUCUUAGUAAGCAUUUGGUUUGACUUGACGUUUUUUUUAAAUGAAGGUAAAAAUCGGUGAAAGCGAUCCAAACCAGCACCAGCGAUGGGUUCGACUGGCAGCCGUCACUGGUGGCAGAGUGGAACAAAAGUUAAAAUAAUGUCUUUGUAAAUAGCGAAUGUGUGGAAACAGCCAGGUUUGAUAGCAUGGAAGCUCCUGGAUCAUGGAUGGACUGAUGAAUUGUUUUGAACUUGGUGAAUCAAAGUGUCAGAGACAUGAAGUCCCCAGUGUACACAUUUCAGGUUUUGCUUCUCUCAACCAUGCGACUCAGAAUCUCUCGAUGGGAGAUUUGAAUGAAUGUAAAAAAAUAUAAAUAAACACACACACACAAAAAGAAAACAUGGAUUGUACCAUUUAUAAUUUCCAAUUGUUUGGUUUCAUUUUGUGUUUUGUUUUAACAGACAUGAUGCACUUGUAAAUAAGCCAUACCGGUUGUUAAAAUAAACCACUAUUUAUUGAUCAACUGAA